CUCGGCUCCAUCUGGCAACCCUGAGUAUUGUUCCUGAAUUUGGGAGCAAUUGAAGUUGGGCACUCAGAGGUGUCGCUGAAUUGAGUAAGAUGGGGGUCUUGAGUGUUUUGAGGCAGAGCUCAGCUCGCAUCAUCACUGCGCGAUUCUUCAAUACAUGCAUGAAGAAUAAUGGAGACCAUCAUCAUCCAAGGUUGAUGGAGAUCACACCAUCAAGGUGGCAGUGGCAUAAGUUUAAAGACAUGCUUCACUUUUAUGUGAUGUUGGGGGCCAUCCCGCUUGGUCUCCUCACACUCUAUGUGAACAUAUUUAUUGGACCAGCUACAUUGGUGCCCAUCCCUGAAGGCUACAUACCGCAGGAUCAUGAAUAUGAAAGGCACCCGGUUACACGCUGGAUAGCAAAGUACAUAUUGCCUUCCUAUCAGGAGCUUUACGAGAGGAAGCUUCACGUUUUGUACAUAGAAGAUGACAUGGCUCAAAUGAGGCUGCUCGAGACCAAAAUCAAGAAACUGAUCAGAGAGAAAGAAGACGUCCAGGCGUACACUUUUCGCCCCGUUCUCACCAAGUAUCACAAGGCCAUCAGAGAAGACACCGAGAGCCGAUCUCGUAUUUUUGGCGAUUUCAAAUAAGUUUACUAAUUUUCUUCUGAACUACCAAACCUGUAUUUGUUCACGGAAUGAAGUGGACACGAUUAAAGCUUUUCUUUCACUAUUGACCGUUAUCAAAUCUAAACGUUGUUCUUCAGGAAUGCUGAAUCGCCUUGAGGUUCAUAUGCAGUAACGAGGUUUGACGACAUUGCAUUAAAACGCGAAAAAGAUCAAUAGAUAAGUUUAAUCUUCAUCCACCUUAUAUUGUAAUAGUUUGCAACCUCAGAAUUAGAAGGUUUCGAUAAGUACUACCCGGUAAAUUAUUAUUUCUCAAUUGUCGAAUGUGUUUGCUACUGCACUGUAAAUAUAAAAUAAUAUCCUCA